CAACUUUGAGGCUUGAUCUUGUUGUCAAUCCAAAUCAUUAAACUCGAAAAUGGCAGAUGGUGAAUGGCAUACUGUGUCACGCACCAAUGCUCCGGCAGCACAAAAGGUAGAAGCGACUUCAAAGAAGACAAAUGCUCAUGGCCGAAGAUCGUCCCACAAUCAGGGCCACCAACACAACUGGAGACAAAAGCCCAAGUCAACUGCUGCUAACGGUCGCUCAGCUGAUCAGCAACAGAAGUCUCUGCACCGAUCGAAAGACGCUACUAUGCUGAAUGCUGCUGCUCCAGAGUUUGUCCCCUCCGGUCAAAAGGAUCAUAACCCAUUCGAUCUGCCCGAAGACGACGAUAACGAUGAUGAUGAAGAGGAAGACGACGGUUCUCCUGACCCAAUCGACAUGCCACUUCCACCAUAUCACACCACCAUCAUUGUUUCAUGCCCUUUUGAUAACUGCUCGGCUGUCGUACCAUUUUCAGAUACUACAUCACUCGUUCAGCAUAUGAAAAAUGAACAUCAACUUGGAUUCAGGAACAUCCACCACAUGUAUAUGGCUCUCGAGGCGUACUUGCAAAAGUGGGCACACAUCAUAAGGGAAAAGGACUUGAAGGAAUAUGGUGUACAAGAGACUGUAGAUGGAAAGGACAUCUUUGUUAUUGAUCCCGAACAUUGCAGCACAGACAAGGACAUACGAGAUGAGAUGCAAAAGGAGAAGCUGGCGGAAGUAUUGAAAACCCAAGACAGAGAACGACAUGUGGAUGCAACCAUACCCCGAAAAUGCCUCUUCUGCAAGAAUGUAUGUGAUAAUAGAGCCGCCUUAUUCAAGCAUAUGUUUGCUGAACAUAACUUCAACAUUGGAUUACCGGACAAUCUUGUCAAUGUCAAUGAGUUCCUAGAUAUGCUUGAGUCGAAGCUUGCAAACUUGCAGUGCUUGUACUGUGAGAAAAUGUUUACGGCGGCAGUUGUGCUUCGCAAGCAUAUGCGCAAGAAGAAGCACUUCAAAAUUGCACCCAAUAACCGACUAUACGAUCGAUUUUAUGUCAUCAACUUCCUUGAACCAGGAAAGAACUGGGAGAAUUUUGAAAACGAUCGAUAUGAGAGCGACGAAGACCGACGCGAUGACUCUUGGGCAGACUGGGAUGAAAAGGAUGCAGAGCCCACCAUGUGUCUUUUCGACGAAGUUGUAGUCGAUACUCCUGAAUUGGCUUUGCUUCAUAUGAAAGAACAACAUGAUUUUAAUCUUGAUAAAAUUCGAAAAGAUAUGGGUCUCGACUUUUACAAGACUGUAACUCUGAUCAAUUAUAUUCGACACCAGUCUUCUUUCAACCGAUGCUACUCGUGCGGGACCACUACAGACGCCUUCUCAGAGCUAAGCGAACACAUGCAGAAGAAUGGAUGCUUUAACAACGUCCCUUCUUUGGAUGCUGAGUUUUGGAAGGAUCCAAAGUAUCUCCUUCCUACGUAUGAAAGUGAUCCACUUCUUACGGCGAUUGAUGACGGCGAAGACAAUGAUGACAUGGAUAUCAACCUCCCUGAUGAAGAAGCCAACCAAAAGUAUUUGCAACAGGCCGCCGCUCAUGCUCAAAAAGAAAAAUGAAAACUAGUAUCAAAACAGAGGUCUCCAUUUAAUUUAUAUGUCAUCCGAUGGUACAAGGAAAUGUGAUCUUAUAAUAAAAAAAAAAAAGAAGAAAAAAAUAAAAGAGGAAAAGUGAAGCCCUAUAUUAUUACUUUGCAACCACUAGAAUAAGAGUCAGAACGCAGGCUACCACUACGAUAAUUAAUAAGAGGCAACACAUGUUCUUGCGAGCAUUCUUUUGAUGGCGGUUCGCAAUAACAAGUUCACUGGCUGCGUCCCGUGUGCUCUGUGCAAUAUUGAGAACAUUUCCAUAUAUACUCUCUGUUCAAGGAUGAAGUGUGAGUAUAGAUUUUGAUAAACGAGUCAAAUGACCGAAAA